UCUCUCACUCAGCUCAGUCCCAGUUCAACCUCUCAACACAGCAUCUCCAUUCUGGACUCUCGGUUCCAUCACCAUUUCACAAUUUGGAGAAAAAGGUAGCCGUGUAGAUCUUCUCGCAGUAGCAGCCAAGCCAGAAUAAGAAGAAGCGGUGUGUCCUCCUGGAUUCAAUCCCUCUGGCACCCUUGGCCGGGACACGACAUUACCAAACCAGCCUCUCAAGAUAUAGACACAGGUCUAUUUUAGUCUGGUUGGCCGGCUUUAGAAAAGCUAAAUGAACAAAUUUAGCCAUUCUUACUCUAAACAAAUUACAAAUCAUUAACUUGAACGGAUCAAGACUAUAAGUUCGAACGGAGAGUUCUGCCUGUAUUCUAUUUCCGAUGGAGAAAAUUUAGUUUCGCAGAAACACCCACACAUCAGUAAACAAGGACAAAAGUGUCCUCUCUAGACACAACUUUCACUCUGUGCAGUAAUUCAUUCAUACAUUUGCAAUGUGAUCAGUUGUGUAAUUCGUUAAAUCUGGAUAGUAAAAUUAGAUCGGAGGAGCCAUGCGUGUGAUGGUGAAAGCUGUAUUACAUCAUUGAUUUGUAAUUGACACGUUGUAAGAUUAAGUAACUUUUCUAUUUCGCAUAACAUCCAGGCCUCACUCACUCAGCCUUGGCUUAUUUUUUUCUUUAGUGCUCACUUAGAGAGAGGUUUUUGAGUAAAAAAUCUCAACCUUGUUUAUAUAACGGGACAUAUUGCAUUCCGUUUGUGGUUACAUAAAACCAGAUAUUUAAAUUCGAGAGAAGUUUCUUCAAGAGAGAAAAAAGUUGCUUUCAUGAUUUUGAUUUUAGAUUCAUUUUAUGCCGAAUAUCUCGCCUUGGAGUUUAUGCUGUAAUGCAUACACAGCAAAGUAGCACAUAGUAGGCUGCUGCUGUAGUUGUGUGGUGUGAAUGUCUUGAGCCAUAACAUUUAAAGAUCAGAGAAAGGGAUCGGAUCACUGUGAGGAAAAGGAUCGUUUAAUAUCACAUAAAACUCGAGGGAUUUCAGCUGAUUGAGACAUGUCCCCUACUAAUCUUCUCUGGUGAAACGUGAUGUGAGCUCAGAACAAUCAAUUCAACACCGGCCAACAAUAAAGCGGCGACACUUACGGGAAUACCAGCCGGACUAAAAAGUGAGUACAAUAAAAUCCAGUGUAAAAAAUAUUGGCUGCGCUGCGGCUCCAAGAAAGCCUAAUUAUAAUUGAUUGUCUUCCAUCAACUUGUGAUUCAACUCAACUGUUCACAGCAGUUCCAUAAACGCGCAGACUGUAUAAUAAACAGUGAAUACUUGAGCAAAAUGAAAUGACCAAAUUGGAAAAAGUGGUGUGGUGAUGGAGAAAGCAGUCGUGACAAGAGUGAGAUUUGUCACAUAUAUCACGCGACGUAAUGUAAUCCACACUUUGUACAAGCCAUCGAAUUAAUUUAACUGCAUACAUUCAACAACAUCCCAGCUUUAAGUCGGACGGACAAGCUAUCAAUUAAUUUCUUCCCAGAGAACAACCUAACAUGCUAAGCGCCGUUGGAACUCGAGGUGGUGGACCGUUGGCUGGUGGAAUUGAUCGCAACAUCACUACCAAUAUCACACGAAACUUUGAAUGCCACUCGGACUCUGAGAGACAUGGAACUCUGCUGAUAAGCCUGGCAGGAGCAGGAGUAUUAGCGAAUCUUUCUUUGGCUGGACUGGUCAUCGCUCGUCGCUCAUUGAGAAGAUGGUCAUCCGGACUUUUGCUUCACGGUACGAUUGUGGAUGGAACAAGGGCCGCUCUACUCAUACCGCUUGGUCUAAGCGUCUUAAGAUGCCAACCCAUCACGCGGUGCUCCUUCUUGGAUACGGCCUUUUUAUUGCUUGCCACCGUGACAUCGCUAAAUCUUCUCGUUGCCUCUUUAAGUGACGCACCACUAUUACCACCACCGCUUUUAGUUCCCAGUUUAAUUCAGUCUGCAGGGUAUUCGCGAGCCGAGAGCCAGUACACGUCACCUUUAUACCCAAAGGGAGAGUAUUCAUCCUAUCAUUCGGAGUAUUACGACGAUGAUGCCAAUCUCUUGGCUGAGACGACAGCCAUGCCGGAUUCACCGCAGUGCUUAGUGUUUGGGGUUUUCAUCACUUGGUUUGCGGCAUUGACGAUCAAUUUGGGUCCAACCUUUUUGUCUGGUGCUUUGGCAGCUCAGGCCGAUACUACACCGACAGCUCCGUCUUGCCCUCUCGUUCGAGGACCUGCGAGACAUGCUGUUCUGAACGCUUUAUGGGCGGCAGUCAACCUGCUUGCAGUGUUCUUAGCGAGUGCUCAUCUUCGCAAAUUGAAAAAAGACUUGGCUCGAGCAAGGAUGGGGCUUCUUGCCGCGGCAGGAUGCGGAAUCGCCGGAAUGGCUGGGAUUAUGCAGAAUAAACAAAGUAGCAGCUUAUCUCAAAAUGCUACUACACAUGGUUCAAAAAUUCCCAUGGCCACAGUUGCGACAUGUGGAGGCCAAACUAGUACGUUAACAAGUCAUCUGCCACACCAUCGUAGCGGCGGAGGGUCGCUGGCCACUGCUGGUGAGUUGGAUGUGCUAAUUAGAGAAGCGCAGAAAAAUGGGAGAUGCCAUAUACGAACGUUGAGCACGUUGGCCGUAAUCAAUCUGGUUUGCUGGGUUCCUCUUUAUGUGGUAGCUCUCGUGGCUCCAGUGGGAAACGAACAGAAAGGAACAUGGGAGGAUCCUGCUCCCAUCGCGUACGAGUUUACGCUCCUGGCUGCCUUUGCUCACUCCAUUCUUCACCCUUUGUUCCUCCUCCUGCUGCACCACCCACUCCGACAAGGACUCAAACACUGCCUAAUUGAAGGGUGCUGCUUCAUUUGCCUCUGGUUGGGGAUGGACUUCGGCAUCCCGGUCAGUCCCGGUGGGGGAGAAAGUAGUGGGAGCAUGAUGGAGAGAGGAAUCCGACGACGAAGCCAGCACCACGAGCUAAACAUUGACAAUCAUCAUGUCCACGCUUUCCCCGGCAGCAGCAGACCGCAUUCUCGGUCCCAUUCGCCGCACUCGCAAGUCGUGCUACACCACAGUGCGGGGGAUCUAGUGCAUAUUCCUGGUUCUGCAAGUCUUCUUAAAAUGAAGAGGUCGGUGUCCCUUAAAUCAGAUCGAUUGCUGGUGUCAACGGGAUGUAGGAAUGGGGGACCUCCCUCACCUCCGCUGAUUCUUACGGAUGAUAUGCUCCCACCACCGCCAUUACCACCGGCCAGUUCGGCGUUUAGGAAACAGAUGUCGAUGGACGAUUUGUCCCCAACUUCUGAAGAUAAUCGAUGGCCAGACAGAUUUUGAAGAAUUACGAACCUGGAAAUGCUACAGAAAAAUGGCCGAGCCCCUUUUUCGAAAACGGAUGAAAUUUCAAGAAUCGUGCUACUACCAAUAAUAUUAAGGACAAUCCAGUGAGAAUAAUAACAAUACACAACAAUUAGAAUAAGUAAGCUUGCACUUUUAACCUUAACUAAAUUGGCUCAUGUCUGAAUAUAGUAGACAGUAAGUGCCCUUUAAGAUAAGAAUAUUCCUUUGAUAAGCACUCUUCCAGCUUAUAGACUGCAAUUUCUUCAACUGAAUCAUUGUACCAUCACAUCAAGUCUAUAAGAAUCUAAUAUAAUAAAAUAAUUGUAAGCGUAAAAAUGGGCUUAUGUAAACUAAAUAUUUACGCAUUUAUAUCUAGCACUACUUGUCAUGUAAUUCGAAUCAAUCUUAAUCAUAAGAACAUAGCCUGACCGAAUAAAUAAUCUACAUAAUCCUCCAUUGCAUUUGUAUUUAUAAUAAUUAUCCUCUUAAGAUGCGAAUAAAAUGACAAAGAAUUAA